CUAUUCGUCAUUGGUCUAUUAGCUACUAACGACCACUGAGGUAUUUCCAGAUACCAUAAAUAGUUUUGCCAUUGACCGUGAAGGUACCAGGGUUUUCCUGACCCCUACUCCAUACCUAGGGUACACUAACCCUGAGGUUGCUUGUCAGUCCGGCGUAUGGUAUCGGUGUGUCGGGAUCAUGGUGUGGGUCGUCCCUGCGUGUGUGUCCGUCGCGGACGAGUUGGAGGCUUUUCGGAACAGUACCUUUCGAGCUAUUCAGAGUUUUUCGUGUUGUGAUGUGCUCAGUGAGGAUGUGGUUGUCAUUGAUGGAUUUAAGAUAUAUGCAUAUAUGAGUGAUAUGGAGGUGGCAGACAGCCCCGAGCCGGGGUACCUGCUGCUCCGAGUCCACGUACCAGAGCUCAACAUCCAGAAGUGCCUCCAGUUCCCCAGCCAUCAACUUGUCUGGGACGUGAAGCAGCAAUGCCUAGCUGCCCUGCCCAAGGAGCUGAAAGAAAGCUUCAACUAUGGCCUAUUCUGUCCUCCAGUAAACGGGAAGGCUGGUAAGUUCCUGGAUGAAGAGAGAAGGUUAGGAGACUACCCUUUCAAUGGUCCUGUUGGAUAUCUGGAAUUGAAGUAUAAAAGGAGGGUUUAUAAGCAGCUGAGCCUAGAUGAGAAGCAGCUUAAGGCCCUUCAUACUAGAACCAAUCUGCGAAGAUUCUUGGACUAUGUCACCAAUUCACAGGUGGAGAAGAUAACGAAAAUGUGUUCCAAGGGCUUGGAUCCCAACUUCCAUUGCCCAGAUACAGGAGAAACACCGCUGAGCAUUGCCGCUGCCAUAAAGAAACCAGGUAAGGUGUUGAUGGCCUUGGUAAACGGAGGUGCGCUGCUGGACUACAGAACGAAGGAAGGCUGUACUGCCCUCCAUAGGGCGGUGCAGGCCAACUCGCUGGAGGCAGUCACCACACUCCUCGAGCUAGGGUCAUCGCCGAACUACAAGGACGCUAAGGGGCUGACUCCUCUCUACUGGGCUGUCACCCAGCCCACUGAUCCCCUUCUCUGUGAGGGUUUGCUGCAUGACCGUGCGACUAUUGGAGCACAGGACUUGCAAGGGUGGCAGGAAGUCCAUCAGGCAUGUAGACUCGGUCUAGUUCAACAUCUGGAGCAACUGCUGUUCUAUGGAGCGGAUAUGAAUGCCAGAAAUGCCUCAGGAAAUACACCAUUACACGUGUGUGCCGUCAACUCCCAAGACUCUUGUGCCAGGUUGCUCCUGUUUAGGGGGUGUCAGAGGGAUGCUCUCAAUUAUGCCAAUCAAACCCCUUAUCAGGUUGCAGUGAUUGCCGGCAAUCUAGAUCUUGCUGAUGUUAUCCAAAAUCAUAGGCCUGAAAAUGUUGUCCCUUUUCGGGAGGCUCCCCGCUACAACCCCCGCAGGAGGUCCACACUCAUCACCACCCUUCCCUCUCCCCGCUCUCCGCCGAGUCCCUCUCCAUCCGAUAGGUCCUUAGCUCCCUUCUCUUCAGCUUCGUCCUCCCUCAGUGAUGGCAGUUCUGCAAGCAACAAGAUCAUUGAAGACACGGCCAGCUAUGUUACAGAUAAGAGCCUUGGUGAUACUAGUGAUAUAAUCAGUGACAGCUCUGGAGUCGGCACGGCGAAUAGUGAUACCAUCGCUUCAGUCCUCCUCCCUGGAACUAAUGUCGUCUGUAUAGAGAACUACAGUUCAACCCAGCCUGGCUACCUUCGCAUUUCUCAGGGUGAUAUAAUCGAAGUGACCGGUGCUACCGACUCGGGCUUCCUAGAAGGUAACUUACAUGGGGAGUCUGGUCUGUUCCCGAGUCACUGUGUCCAAGAAGCACCUCCUACUAUCACUCAGACAAGAAGAAGGCCGAGCACAAGAGUCGUAGGGAGGAGGGAAGCUCUCCCCGCCCCAGCACUUAAACAUUUUGCCACCGCACCAAGGAACAAGAAACAGUUACCAGCAGAGCCCCGAACUGUUGUGCUGCACAGGGGUAGAAGAGGAUUCGGAUUUGUUCUACGUGGUGCAAAGGCAACAUCUCCCCUGAUGGAACUCACACCUUCCCAUCGAUGCCCUGCGUUACAGUACUUGGAUGAUGUUGAUGAGGGAGGUGUUGCUGAUAUGGCUGGUCUGAAGAAGGGCGACUAUCUCGUAGCUAUAAAUGGUGAGAAUGUUACAGCUGCUUCUCAUGAGCAUGUAGUAGAUUUGAUUCGCCGUUCUGGAGAUCUUGUUUCUAUGACAGUAGUUUCUGCUCCACAAGCUGGAAUGGCAGAACCUAAUCCAAGGCAUUAUGCAACUCUACCUCGAAAAUUAAGUUCCUCUGCUACUUUAGGACGGUCACCUGCACCUCUUCCUCCAAGGCGAGAUCCUAAAACUACCCUGAGCGUUGGAAGAGCAAGAGCCAGGUCUAUGGUUGUGGGAGUAGGAGUUGACAUAGAUGAUGAGUGUGGGAAGAGUUCGAGUGCUGAAAGCAUUCCAGCUGGAGCCCCAAUGCAACCCAGGACUGCAUCUAUCAGAGCCAGGCCUACCUCAAGCAGGAUCACUGCGGCAGAGCUCGAGGAGCUUUUCCAACGGCAAGCUGGACCAGGACUGGCUGUUAGCAACUUCCAGGGUAACAUGUCACAACCAUCCUCUCCUGCCAGAACACCACGGGUUUAUGCUAGUGUUGCUGAAAUGAAGCGUAGCAAAGGAAAAGCUGGUAGCAAAGUGAGGUUUUGUACAAUGGGCGGAGGAGAACUUCAUCGGGACUUCCAUUCCACCCCAGAUUUGGCAGCGAUGUCUCAAGGCACUUUGGCAAGGACUCCUAGAUCGCACAGAAGCCAAGAAGAGUUGAGGCCACCGCUGCCGCCUCCGAGUCAUCCACCCCCUCCUCCACCCUCUCACAUCGUCAAAGUAGAACUCAACACUGAAUCAGAAUAUGGUUCAGUCACUAAGUCUGAGAGCAAACCUGUUGUUACAGGAGUUGAUGGAGUGAUGUCCAGUUUCAAACCAGCGAGUAGUGCUAAACUGUAUGCUUCUCCAGAGGAUGUGAAAACUGUUGGGUUUAGGUCGCGAUCUCUUCCAGGUCAUGGAACUAGAUCACAGAUAAGGAAGUCACAAAGCCUCAGGUCACCUUCUACAACAUUCAAACCCAACCCAGGAACUGUAGUUGUCGGAUCCAAUCCUUAUGCCCAACCAUUUCGAGGAAAUAACAGACCCAAGUCUGCUUCAAUCCCACCCAUCCCGGAUCCAGAUUACAGCCUAAGCGAGGGAGAGAGUGAUAACGAACAUGAGCGGGAGAAAACAGUGAUCAGGGUUGGAGCAAGCAGUGUCACAGAGGGCAGCGGCGGCUCCAGUACCAGUUCAGGCUCUCUGCCGCACUCGUUCAGUGUAGACGAGAUACAGAAGGUCAGGACACAGCUCAAAUCGUCCAAGUCAUAUCCUAAUGACUUUCUGCCGACAGAGGAUGGUGACAACUCAUCUAGUGGUGUCAGUUCAGACCAAGAGGUGCCUCCACAAGAUCAAAGGGAAAUUGCAUCUGUACCAUCAAACAGAUGCCAGCAGAGGGCAGCUCUGACAAGAAAUGCUGUAAGUUUAGCGCAGUUGCCCCCUCCCUUAGAGUCAGAUACAGAAGAGGUUGUGCCCCCACCCCCAGGGUUCACAGAAGCCGACGUUUUAGCACCACCACCCCAAUUCUCAGACCAGCGCAUGGUCACUACUGUCAGGAUAGUUGGAGCAUUACCGAAGAACAAUGGAAGGCUUCACUCGCAGUAACUCCUCUCGCUUCUCAAUGGUAGAAGUACUGAGGCAGUUUAUUCAAAGUACAUUAUGCCCAAAUGGUUGCACGUAUUUUGCACUGCACAUAUGAUACCUGUCGAUAUCAAUUUUAAGCUCAUGUUUAUUCUACUGUCAAUUGUGCAUUUUCUAAAAUCUAUUACAUUUUAUUUAGAAAUGUCUUGUUGGGUAUUGUGCUAUAUAUAAAUAUUUCAUUCAAAUAAUAAACAGUUAUUUUAACCGAAUAUUUAGAGAGAAGCACUUAAAACUUGCUAAUUUCUAAACAACAUAUUCCUAUAUAUAUAGUAGUAACUAUAAAUAUGUAUAUUUAUUUUAGUGCAAUUCAUUGUUAUUUAUCUUUAUUUUAUGAAUAUUGUAUAUUAUGUUUUAUAUGUUAAUUGUCAAUUUUGUGUAUUAACAUUCCUGAAAUCAUCUUAGAAAAUUGUUUUUAUUUUAGAGAUUAUUAGUUUUAUAUUUAACUUUACUAAUGGAAAAAAAAUUGUUUGAUGUUCCUUAUUUAAUUGAAAGAUUUUUUAUCCGAUGGCAUAUAGUUUUAUACUAUGUAGUUAUGUACGGCUAUAGUGUUAAGGUAAAGAAGAGUAAUGUGUGCCAAUAUAUGUCUUAAGUUGCAUCUGAAUAGUUAUUAUUCCUCCCAUGUUAUUCCACUAUGUGUAUAUAUAUGAAAAACAGUAUUAUCUAUGAGUACCAUUAAUUUAUAAAAAAAAAGAUUUGUUUAUCGGCUAUUUAAUUAAAAAUUAGGCUUCCGAGUCUUAUGUGUAAAAGUUUGUAGAGAGGUACCUUCUGUGUCCAGAAUACUAUUGAUAGUAAUUAAAAAGCCUAAUUGUAGAUUUUUUUAUCUUUAAGAUAAAGAGGUCCUUGAUUGUUUCAUUUUAAUUAUAUUGAUAGUGAAAGAGCACUCACUAUUUAUAAAUGUAUUAGAUAUAAACCUGUUUAGCUCUGUGAUUGUCUUCCCGAUAAAGGUGGACAGUUAUUGGACACUUGCUCAUAGAAUAUUGCCUGGUUUUUCAAAGUUUGUAGGUUAAUUCUAUGAUUCCUGCCAUUUGUAAAUACACAGCUGUGUUUUUUUACUUCUAUAUAGUCAUCUUCUUAGAGAAACUUGAGAAUGUUGUGAAUGUCUAUUGAAGAAUGAUUGCGGCGAUAUUGUUACUUGUUUGAUUGUUUUCUCAAAAAAUUAAUUAUUAAAAAAGAUGUUCUCGAUGGAAUUAGUCAUGGUAUUUAUAAAGCAUAAAGGAACAUUUUUCAAGGUUAGACUGGUUUCUGCCCCAUCUUUCUACGUUCGGAUUAAUUGCAAUACUUUUGGAAUCAAUGAUUUUUAGUUGGUCACGAGUUGAUAGGUACCUUGCAGAAACAGAUGAUUUUAUCUCAUUAAAUUUUAAUGUUUUUAUUUAUUCAUUUUUUUUUUUUAAUUUGGAUUUUCCUAAGUAUCAGAUUUGAAGCACUAAUUUUUCAAUUUAUUAUAGUCGUUCAAAUGAAAUUUAAUUUAUAUAUUAAGCAAUGUUUUUCUUUUAAAUUAUUGCUCUAAAACAAAAGUAAUUAUGUAAAUAAUGGGUAAUGUUAGGCAAAUUGUGUUUUUUCGAAUUUAUUUCUAAAUUAGCAGACUAGAUGUUUAUAAAAUGUACACAUUUGCUUAAUGAUUCCACAACAUUGUUUGUUUAUCAUUGUUAUAUAUGAUUAGGGUUAUACAUUAAUGAACAAUGUACUACUAAUAAAAAUAUUCAUCUGUGUAUUGUCUAUUAUUCAAUUCAUUCCUCAACUGGGGCUGUGUUAUAUAAAGAAUUUACUAUACUAUAGCAUUAUAUAUUUAACAAAUGAUUUACUAACUUACAAAGUAAUAUUCCUUGCAUGUUUAUUGUAUAGUAUACUUUGCUUUAUCCGGUACUAAUAAUCAAAACGAAAGAAAUUUAGCUGAUUAAUUUAUAAGAAAAAAUAUAACAACAAUAACAUUAGGAAACUACUCACUUAAUUCAUUAACUGCUUAAAAUUGAUAAUAAUGUUUAACUAAUUUUAUUUU